AUGCGUUUUCGAGCUCUCAUAUUAUUCGUCUAUUUUGUUGGCUGCUUGUCAGACAGGUCGCCUGAAACUGGACCCUGUGUUCUCAACAAUGACAACUUCAAGUGUAACAUUCACGGCUAUUAUGAGAGUGUUCAAUGCGACGCCGACUCGUGCUUCUGCGUCACACCGCAUUCCGGAAUCAUAUCGUAUGAGACGAGGACGACGAACAGUAAAAUCACACCCAAAUGUGGAGCUUGUCUCGUCUACCUUCAGAAAUUGUUCAAAAAUGGCGAUCCGCCGGCGAAAAGCUUCAUUCCGAAAUGCGACGUCGCUCACGGCGACUUCGAGUCGCUUCAAUGCGAGCCGUCGGCGAAUCGCUGCUAUUGCGUCGACAGGAAGACCGGAAGAGAGAUCGCCGGAACGAGAAGCUCAUUGGACAAUACGAAGAACAAAAAGUGCAAUCAGAUUGAAUUCUCCAUCGACGCUUCCGAAUUUGAAGCGUUUGAUAAGAAUGCGCCAGCAUCGAACAUUCCGGACAUUCUUGCCGGCCGACCGCAAUGCACAAUCGAUCGGAAUCCGGGAACGACGUGCCCGCAGAAUCGGACGUCGAUCAAAUAUUGGUUCGACGCUCACACAUUCCAGUGCCUUCCGUUCGAGCACAAAGGAUGCGGCGGGAAUGCGAACAAGUUCAACACGAAGGCGGCGUGCUACGAAACGUGUGUGAUGGCCGACUAUUUCUCAUGCGCGUUCAAUUCGCGUCCGGCGCGAAAAUCGAAUCGUCAAUAUUACACGUGUGGAAAUUUGGCGGCGCCGGGAAUGAAGGCAAUCAGCACACCGGGUCCAAAACUCAACAAUGAUGGUUGUCCGAGGGGAUACACGUGCGUGAUGGGAGCGUUCUUCGGAUUCUGUUGCGAUGAGAAUCUGCAAAGCAAAUUCAACGCGGCGUUCAGACCGGAAUGCUCGAAUCGAAAGCCGGCGUUGGUCGAGCGCGCCGACGGCUUCACGUCGACGGUCAUCGGCAAAUCAUGCGCCGAUCGUUUCUGCCCGGCGAGCCAUCGCUGCGAACAAGGCGCCGUCUAUGCCUAUUGUUGUCCGAAAUAA